AUGGCGUAUGCCGACCCGACCAACCCGGAUGCCCUCGCGGCGGCGUUUUCCGCCGCCGACAGUCUCGGCUUCAAAAUCUUCUUCUCCUUUGACUACGCGGGCAACGGCGCCUGGCCCAAGGCAGACAUGCUUGCCCUCAUCCAGCAGUACAGUGCGCACGUGUCCUACGACUUCUACAAGGGACAGGCCUUUGUCUCGACUUGGUCCUCGCAGGGAGCCAAGCCGGCCGUGGCGACGGGGGUCAUGGAUGGGCUAUUCAGCUGGGCGGGCUGGCCCUGGGGCCCCCAGGACGUGGACGCCUCGUAUCUCCAGUAUCUGGAGUCGCGGCCGUGCAUGAUGCCGGUCUCGCUGUGGUUCUUCACCAACCUGCCCGGGUACAAAAAAAUCUGGAUGUGGCACGGGGACCAUCUGUGGCAUGAUCAAUGGCAGGAGGUCCUGUAUGUGCAACCGGAGUUUGUCCAGAUCAUCUCGUGGAACGACUACGGGGAGAGCCACUACAUCGGCCCGCUAUACGACCAUGCCAUGGAGGCCUUUGACAUUGGCGCGGCCCCCUUCAACUACGCCACGGACAUGCCCCACGACGGCUGGCGCGCGACGAUCCCCUUCUGGGCCGACAUGUAUAAGCAUGGAAUGGCCGAGGUGACCGAGGAGACCAUCAUCGCCUGGUAUCGGCUCACCCCCGGCGCGGCCUGUGCCAGCGGCCGCACCAGCAGCAACACGGCCUCCCAGCUGCAGGUCGAGUUCCCCCCGGCCGAGAUGGCCCAGGAUCGCAUCUUCUUCUCCGUGGUGCUGGGCUCGUUCUCAGGCGCCGUCGUGUCGAUUGGUGACUGGUCCCAGACGGUGGGCUGGUCCGAUGUGCCGGAUGAUGAUGUCGGCGUGUACCACGGCGAUGUCGCCAUCGGCGCCCAUCGGGGCCCGGUGACUGUGUCUCUGGUGCGGGAUAAUGUGAUUAUUGCGACGAUCGAGGGCAAGGCCGUCUCGUCGACCUGUGCAUAUGGCGUGCAAAAUUGGAAUGCCUGGGUCGGAAGUGCGUCGACAGGGGAGAGUGUGUCGGCACGACCCACCCGUCUGCUAUCCGAGCAGGUCUGCAUGAACGGCACCGGUGCGAAUAACUUUGCCGGUCUGUGUGGAUUUGCCUGUCGAUAUGGAUACUGUCCGCUAGGUGCCUGCACCUGCACGCGCAUGGGCAUCGGCUACGAGCCGCCUAACGCCACGGGCGUUAUCGGAUACCCGAUUGCGGGCGAAGACGCUAGUUACAGCGGGCUGUGCGCCUUUGACUGCAACCUGGGCUACUGCCCCGAGAAUGCCUGCGGUACGGUCGAGGUCCCGCUGAGCACGCCGACCGUCUCGCCCUUCCUGCCCCCGGCCUGUGUGUCUGGCGCAGGCGAGGGCAACCUGGCUGGGCUGUGCGACUUUGGCUGUGUCCAUGGCUUCUGUCCUAUGAAUGCCUGCACCUGCACGGGGCAGGGGGGCGCUGAAUGUCAUGGACCCCACGAGCGAUGCCGUUGGGGCCGCUGCACCGGGCUUGGACGCCACCGUCUACGGUCCUCUGUGCGAGUACACUUGUGCCUGCGGAUACUGUCCCGAAGGCGCCUGUGUCGUCGUCGAGGAUGCGGGCUCUGGGUCUGGAAAUGGACCGGGCGAUGGCGAGGUCUACGAAGCCCCGUCGAUCUGGAAUAUGCCCUCACCCGUCGUGCAAUUCCAUCAUCAGCGGUCGUCACUGAGAUCCCUGUGUGGGGAGUGACCAUCAAUGCCAGCCAGGCGCAGCCCACAGAGUUGGAAAUGACGAGCAGUAUCACCCUGCCUUAUAUGGUGUUGUCGCUGCCCCCGUUCGACGAAGAUCCCAACGCAACCAGCAUGACGGGCACGGUCCUCCCACCCCGGUAUCCAUGGUCCCAGACCACCAAGGACCCCAAGCUCAAUACUGCGACUACCACCUGGUCGUCCGGCAGUGCGACUCCAACGGCCAAUAGUGAUGACCCGGACGUCGGCAUCCCCAACAACAACAACAACAACAACAACAACGAGGACGAGGAGUGCAGCACGCGAGAGGCGGAUAUUUGCUCCAGGGUGUGUGUUGCCGGGUCCGGGUGUGAAUUCGACUGCUCCACGACCACGGGCUGUUCCGUCACGGCCUCGGCCAACAGCACCGUGGGCACGCCCGCGCUCGCCGUGGCCAUCACGCUGGAGCAAUGGCCUGAAGCGACUGACGAACCCGGUGCAGAGGUGACCAGCAUCGCCCGGUCUCUGGACUCCCGGCUCUCCUCCCUGUACGGAGACCUCACCGUCCUGACGGGAUACGGGGAUGGCGCCGCCACGCCCACCAGCACCAGUCGCGCGACCACGACGACCAGCGCGCCCCCGGACCUCCCCACCUCCCUCUCCAGCCUCCAGUUCGUGGUCUUCCUGCGCAAACCCGUCGACUCCCUGGACGACUGGACCUGGUCUGGCUACCUCCUCCCGUUGUACUACGACGAGGCGUACGUGUGCAACAACGCGUACGAGGUGGUCACAAGCACCAAUUAUCUCCCCGAUCAGACACAUGUGGACUCAGACUACGGGUAUCCAACGUAUCUGGGUCCGUUUGAGGUGCAGGAUUUGAACUGCGGGUAUGUGUCUGAAGGCCUGACGCCCGGCGACGUGCACUGCGGCACCCAGGUGGUGACGUGUCUCGAGCUGGAUGCGCUGCAUGCCCUGGGAUACCGGGGUAUACUUGGGCGGAUACGGAGUUUUAUAUGCAGGCUUGGUGUCCGAUGGGCUAAGGGCGGCGAUUUUGUACCAUAA